CAACAGUGCCUAUGGAAAAUUUCAUAAAUUUAGAGUAGUUGGCCAUUUAUUUACCUGAAUAUAAACCACACAUUUUGUGUCCAAUAGAGUCAUCUCUCUCUAUUUCUCUAUCUGUCUCUGUGUGAGCAUUUGAUUCUACCAUGGAACAGAUCAAGCACACCCAUGUAGAGGUCAGAGGACUGAAGCUUCAUGUAGCCGAGAUCGGCACUGGUCCUAAGGUGGUGCUCUUCUUGCAUGGAUUCCCUGAAAUAUGGUACACCUGGAGGCUCCAGAUGAUUGCUGUAGCAGACGCUGGCUAUCGAGCUAUAGCCAUCGAUUUUAGGGGCUAUGGCCUCUCUGAGCAGCCAUCUGAGCCUGAGAAAGGAAGCUUCUUGGACCUUGUUGAAGACAUUGUUGCCCUUCUUGACGCUCUUGGCAUCAGUAAGGCUUUUCUCGUGGGGAAGGACUUUGGUGCUAUGCCAGCAUAUCUUGUGCCCGUCUUGCAUCCUGAGAGGGUUAAUGGAGUGGUGACAUUAGGUAUUCCUUUCAUUGUUCCAGGUCCCAAAGCUGUCCUAACCGAUCUCAUGCCUGAAGGUUUCUACAUAUCGAGGUGGCUGGUUCCAGGACGGGCUGAAGCAGAUUUUGGUCGCUUAGAUGUUAAGACAGUGAUUAAAAACAUCUACACUCUCUUUUCAAGUUCUAAAGUUCCAGUGGCUAGUCCUGACCAGGAGAUCAUGGACUUAGUUGACUCGUCUACUCCUCUACCCCCAUGGUUCUCUGAGAAAGAUCUUCAAGAAUACGCAUCCUUAUAUGAGAAGUCCGGAUUUCGUUUCCCAUUGCAGGUUCCAUACAGGUGCAUUAAAUCAGAGUUUGAAAUAACCGAUCCAAAAGUCACAGCUCCAGCAUUGCUAAUCAUGGGUGAGAAGGACUAUUGCCUGAAAUUUCCGGGGAUGGAGGACUACAUUCGUAGUGGACAAGUGAAGCAUUUUGUGCCAGAGUUGGAUAUCACCUACCUUGCAGAAGGGAGCCACUUUGUUCAUGAACAACUUCCAGAGCAGGUGAAUCCACUCAUUAUCAGCUUCCUCAACAAACAUGGCAACUGAGGAAGAUGAUCCUUUGAACCCAAAAACAGUGCAGCCUUAAACAAGGAAGACUAAAUUUUCUUUAUUUUGAGGUGUUUUUAAGUCUUGAGAUUGAGAAUAAAAUGUGUAGGUCAAUCAAAUGGAUUUGAUUCAGAUCAGAGGGUACGCAUCCAUCUGAUCUUUGCAUUUGAGAGAGCUCUGAUAUACUUAAUGACCCUUUGAAUUCCUAUUCUCUCCAAGAAUACGCCUUUAUCCAAAGUCUAUAGCUUUGUCAUGUACAUCCAAAAUUAUGUAUCUGCAGAUCAUUAUAUGGAUGAUUUCAAUGUUCAAUUA